UGGGCCGGCUCUGGGGUAGCUCCGCCCGCGGAGGAGGCCUCCUAGGCCCGCCCGCUUUCCUGCCUCCCUCCGUCCCGAAAUGGCGGCGGCCGCCCCCCCGCAGCAACCCCCGCAGGACGCGGAGCUGGAGGAGCUGCUCGAGAGUGCCCUUGAUGACUUUGAUAAGACCAAGCCAGCCCCAACGCUGCCCCCUUCAACUGCUGCCACCGCCGAGGACAGCAGCAGCUCUGAGAAAUCACCUGGAGAUGCUGCCAAGGAUUCCCUGUUUGCCUCGCAGGAGAAGUUCUUCCAGGACCUCUUUGACAGUGAGCUGGCCUCUCAGGCCACCGCCGAGUUUGAGAAGGCCAUGAAGGAGCUGGCAGAAGAGGAGCCUCACCUGGUGGAACAAUUUCAGAAGCUCUCUGAAGCAGCAGGCAAAGUUGGAAGCGACUCCACAUCACAGCAGGAGUUUACUUCCUGUUUGAAAGAGACACUCAGCGGCUUGGCAAAGAACGCUAAUGACUUGCAGAACUCCAGUGUGUCCGAGGAGGAGUUAGCGAAGACCAUGGAAGGCCUCAGCCUGGAGGAGGGAGAUGGCGAAGGCAGCCUCUUGCCCAUCAUGCAGAGCAUCAUGCAGAACCUCCUCUCCAAAGAUGUACUCUACCCGUCCCUCAAGGAGAUCACGGAAAAAUACCCAGAGUGGCUCCAGAGCCACUGUGACUCCCUGCCCAAGGACCAGUACGAGAAGUACCAGGAGCAGCAUAGCAUCAUGGGUAAAAUCUGCGCGCAGUUUGAGGCCGAGCAGCCCACGGACGGUGACGUGGAGCAGAAGGCCCGCUUCGAAAUGGUCUUGGACCUCAUGCAGCAGCUCCAAGACCUGGGGCACCCUCCCAAGGAACUCGCAGGAGAAUCGGUGAUCUGGCUCUUUUUUUGUAUGUCUCAGUGGCUUCUUCUACACAGUUGGGUGGAAUACUGGGGGUGGGCGAAUUCACAAGAAAACAAGAUGUCAGACACGGGAAGUAGCACAGAUGGGAAAACGGAUAUACCCAACGGAAGCUUGUCCAGCAGCCCGGAGGAAAUGUCUGGAGCCACAGAGGGGCGCGAGACUUCUUCUGGGGUGGAAGUGGAAGCUUCAGACCUGAGCAUGAGCCUCACUGGCGAUGAGGUGGAGCCCAGCCGCACCUACACGGAGAGCUCUGCAGAGGAGAAGGACUCUGACAGCAUGGAUGACACGGGCCACUACGCCAUCAAUGAGCUGAAUCGGACCUACGACCGCUCCCACUCGGAGGAGGAAGAGGAGGAGGAGGAGGAGCUGGAAGUGGAGGCUCAGCGCUCUCGCCGUCGGGCCCAGCGCAAGCGCCCGAACCAGGACAAGGACUCCUCGGAAGACGAGCGGGCCCUAGAGGACUGGGUGGCCUCGGAGACGACUGUCUUGCCGCGGCCUCGCUGGCAGCCCGUCCAGGCCCUGCGGGAGAGAGCGCUCGGCUCCAGCGCCCGCUUCAUCUACGAAGCCUGCGGGGCCCAUGUCUUUGUGCAGCGCUUCUGCCUCCAGCACGGCCUCGAGGGCCACACCGGCUGUGUGAACACCUUGCACUUUAACCAGCGCGGCACGUGGCUGGCCAGCGGCAGCGACGACCUCAAGGUGGUGGUGUGGGACUGGGUGCGGCGGCAGCCAGUGCUGGAGUUCGAGAGCGGCCACAAGAGCAAUGUCUUCCAGGCCAAGUUCCUCCCCAACAGCGGUGACUCCACUCUCGCCAUGUGCGCCCGCGACGGCCAAGUCCGCAUAGCCGAACUCUCCGCCACCCAAUGCUGCAAGACGACUAAGCGGGUGGCCCAGCACAAGGGGGCAUCACACAAGCUGGCCCUUGAGCCAGAUUCUCCCUGCACUUUCCUCUCGGCCGGUGAAGAUGCUGUUGUCUUCACCAUUGACUUGAGACAGGAUCGGCCAGCUUCGAAACUGGUUGUUACAAAAGAGAAGGAGAAAAAAGUUGGCCUGUACACCAUCUACGUAAACCCAGCCAACACCCACCAGUUUGCGGUGGGAGGCAGAGAUGAAUAUGCCAGGAUCUACGAUCAGCGGAAGAUCAAUGAGAACGAGAACAAUGGCGUGCUGAAGAAGUUCUGCCCUCACCACCUGGUGAACAGCGAGUCGAAAGCCAACAUCACUUGCUUGGUCUAUAGCCACGACGGGUCAGACCUCCUGGCCAGCUACAACGAUGAAGAUAUCUAUCUCUUCAAUGCAUCCCACAGCGAUGGAGCCGAAUACGUAAAGAGAUACAAGGGGCAUCGGAACAAUGCCACAGUGAAGGGCGUCAACUUUUACGGCCCCAAGAGUGAGUUUGUGGUGAGCGGCAGCGACUGUGGACACAUCUUCUUGUGGGAGAAAUCGUCCUGCCAAGUGGUGCAGUUCAUGGAAGGCGACCGAGGCGGCGUGGUCAACUGCUUGGAGCCCCACCCUCAUCUCCCUGUCUUGGCCACCAGCGGUUUGGAUCACGAUGUCAAGAUCUGGGCCCCGACUGACGAUGUGCCCACCGAGCUCACCGGGUUAAAGGAGGUGAUCAAGAAGAACAAGCGGGAGCGUGAUGACGACAGCCUUCACCACACGGACAUGUACGAGAGCCACAUGCUGUGGUUCCUCAUGCACCACUUCCGACAGAGGCGGCACCACCGGCGCCGCAGAGAUCCGGGCACAGGAGCAGCGGACAGCGACUCAGACGAAUGCCCGAGCUCCUCAGACACGUCGGAUGAUGAUGAAGAAGGCCCGGACCGGGUGCAGUGCAUGCCUUCUUGAGGCCCCGCCUCCCUCCCUCCCUCCCAGCUGAGGAUGAGGAAAAGGUGGGGGUCAAGCGUGCAGACUUGAAGCCACAAAGCCCACCACUGCUAAUUAACAACUCUUAUUCCCUGCCCCCUGCUUUUUACUGAAACACCAGGGGAAGGCUCUGCCCCUCCCCACCCCCAGCAGCCCCUCUCACUCGCCUGGGGCAGCCACUUGGUCUGAAUUGCACUUGACUUCUGCUUUAGCAGCAGGGUGGGGAGACACGAUACCCUGCACUGACAUGCUGGACUUCGCUUCUCCCCUCUUUCCCCACCCUAUUUUCCCAGAGGCACCGGGGGGAGGGGCUUGGUUUUCACCCUUGCCCCAUUCCCUGUGCAGCUUCUUUUGAGUGGGCUGAGUCCAGCUUCUCCCUCCUUUCUUUAAGACGUUGGUGUGAGUCCAAAAGGAGCGUUUUGUGCUUUUCCUGCCUCUUCCUUUCCUCCCCCCUUCCACCCUCUGCAUGCUGCUUCCAGGAUGAGCAAACUUGGACCCUUUGCUUUUUUUUGAUUGUUUUUUGGGGGGCUUCGUUUCUCCUCCCUCCAGUUUCUAGCUUUUUCUUCAGCAGCAGAGACUUCUAGGGCACAAAGAACCUCCCUUUGCAAUCUAGAGCUUGCCUUUGUCUAGGGUGCCCCCUCAGCUGAGCUUUUUGGAGCGUAAAGUUUUUUUAAGUUUAAAUGCGGAGAGAAGGGUUGGAACUGGUCCCCCUUUCUGACCUGAAGUGGGGUGGGUGGGAACAGGGGCCUCGUUGCCACCCUGGGAAGAGGGCGGGGGGCUGUGGGAUCCCAUCAUUUGCCAGAAGGUUCUUUGUGUUCGCCCCUUCCCUUCCCUCUUAAUAAUCUUAUUGUUUUUGAAAACAAUUUCUCUCCCCCCCAUUGCUGUUUAGAGGCCUAAUUUUAUAUGUAUUAAAACAAGAACCAAAUUAAACUUGGAUGUUAUCAAGUUAUAAUUAUUGUAAAAGUUUAAAUAUAUAUAUUAUAUAAAUGCAAUAAAAGAAUUGAGAGACAGGCCUUGUCUUGUGAGAAA